AUAUCUCACAAAAAGAACAAACAAAGUACUUCUUUAAGAUCAACUCGACAUCUCAAAGUGUUGUCUGACGUUCUUGGCGAUCAAAUAUAUCGAGAAAUACGUUACUAACAGUUCUUGAAUCACGUAGAAAAAUUAGGAGAGAAGAAUCUAAGGGAAUACACAGAAUUGUACGCGCAAUCUUGAUAAAUAAAAAUCAGAGUUGUUUAAGAUGAAUUUUAGCGAAGGAGAUUUUGAACUGAAGGAAAUUCAAAGGCUGGAAGGACACACUGGUAAGGUUUUAGGUAUUGCUUGGAAACAGGACACUGGAACUUGGGGUCGUCCCUUGGUGAUUGCUUCAUGGAGUGACGAUAAAACUGUACGAAUUUGGGAACAGAAUUUCUCUGGCAUUUUCGAGUGUAAGGCUGUUUUGGAGGAAUCACAUGGACGGAGUGUUAGAUCGUGUGCCUGGUCACCGCCAUGCAAAUUGUUGGCAGUAGCUUGCUCUGAUGCCACCACUGCCAUUUGGAAAAAUGUCGGGAAUGCGUAUGAGCGUGUCUACACUUUGGAGGGUCAUGACAAUGAAGUUAGAAGUGUUUCCUGGAAUACAAAAGGAGAUCUGCUUGUGACGUGUGGAGGUGAUAAGUCAGUUUGGAUAUGGGAAGUUUUGCCUGGAAAUGAGUUUGAUUGUGUUUCAGUGUUACACGGACACACAGAAGAUGUUAAGAUGGUUCAAUGGCAUGAAUAUAUGUUAUUCUCGUUUAGUUAUGAUAACACCAUUAAGAUUUGGGAAGAGAUUCUUGGCAGUGGUGAUUGGGCUUGUAUUCAAACUUUGGGUGAGUCUGACAGCGGACAUACAUCUACUAUCUCGUGUCUCUCUCUCAAUAAUGAUUUCCAAAUGGUAUCUUGCAGUGAUGACCUUACCAUUAAGAUAUGGAGUUGCGAAGGUGCAAAAAAUUAUGUGGGGUCUAAAUUAAUUUGGACACAUGCCUGCACUCUAUCUGGAUAUCAUGAUCGGACAAUUUUCUCAGUUGACUGGUUGAGGGAAACGAUCCGUUGUUUACCUGAAGGGCAGAAGGAUCCAGGAAUUUUUGCCAGUGUUGGAGCUGAUGACGCUAUACGUUUGUUCAUCGAGAACAAGGACAAUGAGGUUGAUGGACUUACAUUUAAGCUACUUUUGAAGAAGGAGAAGGCUCAUGAAAUGAAUAUAAAUUCUGUGAAAUGGAAUGCUGGGGAUAAAAGGCUUUUGGCAUCGGCCAGUGAUGAUGGGACAGUGAAGAUAUGGGAGUUGGUUUGCCCUUGGCCUGCUGGUGCAUCAUAGCUGAUACUGCAAAACAAAGUUUGUUGUUAUAGUAAUUUUGAAGCCUUAAGACUUCUUUUCCCUUUUUUUUCCCCUCUUAGAGGCAGUUCUGAUUCAUAUAUAGCAAUAUCAUUACUACAUUUUUUUGCUUGAAUUUGAGACCUCUGCUUAAGGGUAAAGAGACCCUAUCAAUCCACCACAACCCUUGGUGAUAUCAUUACUACAUUUUAUAAUAGAAAAGCAAGAGAAUGGAUCUGCAAAAUUUCUCAAUAUAACUUAAAGCUGAGACCAUCUUUUUGGAUAGGGUCUCUAUCUCUAAGAGAUAUUUUUAUGCAUGUUAUAUGACAAUCUGCUGUCAUAUUUGUCGAUGAUGUAGAAAUAUAAUUCACAGCAGA